AUGUCGUUCCCUUUGCCACCAUUGGUAAGAAGAAAGGACACAGAGUUUGAUAUUGGAAUUCUGCUUGGAAGAGGCACCUUUACUUCUGUGUACGCUGCCGUCGAGAAGAAGACAGGCCUGCGAUGCGCUAUGAAAAUUGUUGAUCGAUACCGGUGUGAGCGCUUGAAGAAAACCGCUGACCUGUAUAUGGAAAAACAUUGUUUGCAAAGAACCAACCACUCAAACAUCAUCAAGAUGCUGGGAUGGUUUUCUGAUAAUACAAACAUUUUUGUAAUGCUGGAAGAAUGUCUCGGUGGCGAACUGUGGGAAGUCAUCAAAACCGUUGGCUGCCCCGUUGGAAGGGCACGACACUACUUAGCGCAGGUUGUCAACGCUGUUUCCUAUCUCCGGCAAGCAAAUAUAGUCCACAGGGACUUGAAGGCAGAGAACAUUAUGCUUACUGAACUUGGUGUCGUAAAGCUGAUUGAUUUUGGGACUGCCAAGGACCUUGAGAACCCUCACAUCAAAGGAUCUGGGAAUGAGGUCAUUGAGAACAAGAGCAGCGACCAUCGCUCUGAUAUAUGUUUCCUCCGGGAAUACCCGCUGAUGCACGUGGCCUCAUCAGCGAAAUGGUUGUGGAAGAUGCCGAUGUGCGUCUCGGUGCAGCCAACAUCGAGGAUAUCAAGAGACAUGCCUUUUUCCAGCAAUGCAACUUUCAUCAAAUACAUUUACAGCCAGUGCCCAUGCUGUCUUUGGCAGAUCUGUGCCUGCAAAGGAUUGGCAGCAACAUGA